UGCCGAGAAAUUCCACUCCCAGUCCCAGAACUAUUGGUUCUGACGGAAAAGGCAAGGCAUACAGUGACAACUUCCGGUUUGGUUGCUAUGGCAGCGCGUAGUGCGGGCUUGCCAACAGCGACUCGCUUUAGAUGAGAUUGCGGGUUCGCUGGCACUCGGGGACCAAGGAACCCGGUGGAUGAAACUGUCACUGCGGGGGACAUGGCUGCAAGGCAGAUUAAAGAUGGAGAAUACACUGCGACAAUCUACAAACUGAUUAAAGAAGCAAGAUAUGGAGAAGCUAUUCAGAUUCUUAGCAAUGAACUUCAGAAGCAAUAUAGGUCCCGAGCUGGCCUUUCCCUUCUGGGCUACUGUUACUAUCAGAUACAAGAUUUUGUGAAUGCUGCAGACUGCUAUGAACAGCUGAUCCAGAUCACUCCUGAAGUGGAAGAAUAUAAAUUGUACUAUGCACAGUCCCUGUAUAAGGCUUGCAUGUAUCCAGAGGCCAUGAAGGCAACAUUUGCUUUAGACAGUUCUGCCUAUCAAAGCAAGAUGUUGAAAUUACAAGCUUCCAUCAGAUAUGGAGAAGAAGAUAUUUCUGGAGCUAAGAGUUUAGUAGAGCAGAUGCCAUCAGAAGACCCAGAAAGUGAAAUUAAUAUGGGGUGUUUACUGUAUAAGGAAGGACAUUAUGAAGAAGCCUGCAAAAAGUUCAUUACAGCAAUGCAAGUGAUGGGCUAUAAACAAGAUUUAUCCUACAACAUUGCCUUGUGUUACUAUAGUAUGAAACAGUAUGCUCCUGCCUUAAAGCACAUUGCUGAUAUCAUUGAACGAGGAAUCCGGGAGCAUCCUGAGCUUGGUGUUGGUAUGACAACAGAAGGCAUUGAAGUUCGAAGUGUGGGAAACACUCUUGUACUCCAUGAAACGGCACUUAUUGAAGCAUUUAACCUUAAAGCUGCCAUUGAAUACCAGUUAAAGAAUUAUGAAGCAGCCCAAGAAGCCCUGACAGACAUGCCCCCAAGGUCUGAAGAGGAACUUGAUCCAGUUACUCUUCAUAAUCAAGCCUUGAUGAAUAUGGAUACUAAGCCCACUGAAGGGUUUGAGAAACUUCAGUUCUUGCUUCAGCAGAAUCCUUUUCCCCCAGAGACCUUUGGCAAUCUUUUACUUUUAUACUGUAAAUACGAGUAUUUUGAUCUUGCAGCAGAUGUCCUGGCUGAAAAUGCUCAUCUCACCUAUAAAUUUCUCACACCAUAUUUGUAUGAUUUUCUGGAUGCCAUGAUAACCUGCCAGACUGCACCUGAAGAGGCUUUUUUCAAGCUUGAUGAACUAGCUGGAAUGCUUACCGAACAAAUGAGAAAGUUAACAAAACAGGUGCAAGAGGCACGACAUAACAGGGAUGAUGAGGCUGUAAAGAAAGCUGUAAAUGAAUAUGAUGAAACGUUGGAAAAGUAUAUUCCUGUCUUAAUGGCACAGGCUAAAAUUUACUGGAACAUGGAGAACUACCAGAUGGUGGAAAAAAUCUUCCGUAAAUCAGUGGAGUUUUGCAAUGAGCAUGAUAUCUGGAAACUGAAUGUGGCUCAUGUUCUCUUCAUGCAAGAUAACAAAUACAAGGAGGCUAUUGGCUUUUAUGAGCCCAUUGUUAAAAAACACUAUGAUAAUCUUGGACAAUGUGACAUACAAGAAUGCCCUUGCAAGAGAAAAGUUUCGAUAUUAAAUGUCAGUGCAGCUGUUCUGGCUAAUCUGUGUGUUUCCUACAUCAUGACGAGUCAAAAUGAGGAGGCUGAAGAACUCAUGCGGAAGAUUGAAAAAGAAGAGGAACAGAUAGCUUAUGAAAACCCUGAUAAAAAGAUCUACCAUCUUUGUAUUGUUAAUCUAGUUAUUGGAACACUUUACUGUGCAAAAGGAAAUUAUGAAUUUGGCAUUUCUCGAGUUAUCAAAAGUUUGGAGCCGUAUAACAAAAAGCUGGGAACAGACACAUGGUAUCACGCAAAAAGAUGCUUCCUUUCCUUGCUGGAAAAUAUGUCAAAACACAUGAUCAUGCUGCGUGACGAUGUUAUAGCGGAAUGCUUACAGUUCUUGGAACACUGUGAGAUUUAUGGCAGAAACAUUCCUGCUGUAAUCGAGCAGCCACUAGAAGAAGAGAGAAUGCAUAUCGGAAAGAAUACAGUCACCUAUGAAUCCAGGCAGCUUAAAGCAUUGCUCUAUGAGAUAACCUCUUGGAAUUUGUAAUUGUAUCUCCCAUAUUUCCUGUCUUAUAAUUAAUUUCCACACACAUUGUGCUCCUUUUAUUUUUAUGUCUUCAAAUAAUAUUUAUAAAUAUUGUAUUCAUUUACUAGUGUUGUGAUAAAGUUUUUUUUAUUUAAAAUCAAAACUGGCUUUUUUAACAUAAACCAAUAAGAAAUGGUUGUAUUUUAAUUUAACUUUAAAGAAAAUGUACUACAUAGAGAAUUAUUUUUUUCUCCUUUACCACAGUACAGGUAUGGAAUCUAUUAUCUGGAAUGCAUGGGAAUCUGGCGCCUAAACUGCACUAUUUAUAUCAUUAUGAAGUUGUGUGGUAUUAGCUAGCAAAAACUGCAGUUCUCUUAGUGUGCCUGAUCACAACAUAGAGACUGAUAAAGGACCGGUAGGGAUGAUUCUUAUUGAAAAAAUCUCUUGCAUUUGUAAUUGUUUAAAAUUAUUUUCAUUUAUAUAUUGGCAGCAAGUUGUGCAGUGCAGCACAAUCAUUUAUACCAGGGGAUUUACAUAAAUUAAAUAAGGGUUACAGACUAAAAAUAGGAUCCUACUCACAAGAGCUUACAUUCUAGAGGCCUACUUAGGAGAGCUAGGGGACUGGAAGGAGUUAGGUUUAGGGAACGCAUACAUCCCUAUUAAUGCUCUUAAUGUAGUACAUACACUGAUGAUCAUGUCGCAGAAGAGUUCUGUUUUGUAACAUAUUCUUUACUGUAUAUUUAGAAAAACUGACCAGCUGGUGGCAAUGUUGUUGCAAAAUUCAUUAUACAGGUAUAGUAUCUAUUAUACAGAAUGCUUAGGACCUGGCAUUUUCCAGAUAUAUGUGUUAUUUGGAUCACCAUGCCUUAUUACUCCUUAAAAUAAUUUUAAACAUUAAAUAAAUGUGUGUUUUGCCACCAAUAUGGUUGAAUGCAAUUAAUUCUGGAAAAAUAGUACCAGCCUUCCUAUAUUUUUCUCUUUCCUCCCUAUUAAUGAUAGCAUUAAUUUUAUUAGCUAGGGAGGCAUAAUUUUUGCAUCCUGGGAAAAAAAGGGAAGGGAUCACCAACGAGUCGGAAUUGAAUCAGUGCCCUCUGGAUAGUUGCUAUCCUUUAUAAUCCGUUGCUCUACCACUGAGCUCUGAAGGGAUCACCAAGUGCAACUGUCUCAGACAGGCUUCUAACUAGGACCUAUUUGCAUAUUAAACAGCAGCUCCCUACUUCUGGAGAAAAAAAAACCCAAGAUGGCCAUGCAUUUCACAGUUAUCUAUUUUUGUAGUAAUUAUACUCGUAUGUCUGGUGUUAAAAUGCCCAUUUUAUUCAGUGAUUAAACUAGCUCAUUUGUGGUUAA